AUGAUCGAAUUAAGUCGGCGCAAAGCAGUCGAUGAUGAGUCAAUUGACUACCAAGCACUCGAUGAUGUUACUUUCCACCGGGAAUCGCUCUCGACACCUGUGCACAGUGAUAAAAAUACCUUUGUACCAUCAUCAUCAUCAUUAUCCGAUAAAUCUUUGACGGAUGGUGAUGAUAUCUCCUACGCUCAAAGGAAGUCUACACAAAUUUCAAGGCCUCGAUUCGCUCCCUGGGGAAUUCAUUGGAAGAAACCCUCGUUCAUUGGCUUAAUGUUUUUGGUUGGCUUCAUUCUUUCAUUGGUCCAUCACCUUUACUACAUGUCGCUCAGCGGCGCAACAACGACGGCCGCUUUAGGUCAAUAUAUUUGGACAGUUGUCAAACGCCAACCAUUGAGCAUAAGAAACUUGGAUCGUCUUUUUGCUUUGUCAACGGAUCCCAUAGCCCUAUUCAGUAUCGAGCUAUUAAAAGGAGCAAAACUUGCCAUCUUGUUAGGUGCCAUUACAUGGCUUCUGGGACUCGCAAGUAUUGCACCAGCAGCAACCUUGACAAUUGUUGCAAAGAACAUUUCCGAGGAAGUGCGUUUGCCAGUUCUUGAUUUUUCUAAAGCCAUUUGGAACAAUUCUGUGGAUGGCCAGUAUAAUGCAGUCUCGAUCACCAAUACCAUUGCGAUAAAAUACAGCCUCAAAUAUCAAUGUUUUUAUGGCCCGUCGAUAAAAUGCAACGAACCGAACAACACCCAGCAGGCCAUAUUCAACAACAUUACCAAGUAUUAUGAGCAAAACAAUGUCUUCACAUACGACGAUCAAAAUGAUAAUCGUACAAAUACAACGUUCGGUGUGGGCUCUGGCAAAAUUGUUUACAGUUCGUGGAGCACUUGGUAUGCAGGAGGCACACCAAAUGCCGGGUUUCUUCCACCACCACUAGCAUUACAUGGGUCCUAUUAUCCUCAACUAUGGAUCCAGACUUCAACCUCGGAAUUGAUUUGUACUGCGGUGAACGCGACAUUCAAUAUCGCAGUAUCGUACAUUGAUGGAGUCCAGUAUGUCACUCAGCAAAACAUCGAAGUUAUUGGACGUUAUGAUCUUUCUUAUAUGGACGUCGGUGAUAUAGAAAGCGGACCUACAGUUACUGAUUCGAAAGGUGUUACAACCGCAACAGCAACUGGUGGAUCGGCAAAGGUAUUGUGGAAUCAAUAUAUUCCGCAUGUGUAUGCUCUUGGAGCUAUACUUGGCGGGAACAUAACUUUACGAGAUGUCACUCUUGGCAGUAGUCAGAAUGAACAAUACAGCGGUUAUGGAACAACUAAUAUUCUUGGGACAGGUUUGAUGGCCUGUGAGGAAAUCGCCAGUACCCCAUUCAAGAACGAAAGCUCAUAUCUUAUCGGCAAUCCCUCUUCUACGUUUACCAAUACCUUCACUUCAACAACACGACCUUGGCUAUGUCGAAAUCAAACUUUGGCGCGUGGUAUUGAAGAUUUAGCAAACAAUAUCACCAUCAGUUAUCUUAGCUCGCCGGAUUUGACGAGUGAUGGCGAUCUACAAAAAAUUCUCACCUCCAACACAAACAAUUAUUAUAUAUACCAUCCUUUUUGGCUUCUCAUAUCGUAUGGCUUGGCCUUCUUAUUUUCCAUCAUGGCUGUAGCAGUCGGUAUUCACGCUAUAAAUUCCAACGGGGUAGUACAUUCGAAUUCCUUUUCAGCUAUUGUUGCAACUACUCGUAACCCGGAACUGGACGAAAUCUUGGGGAGGUCUUGUUUAGGUGCCGAACCAUUGAAAAAGGAUCCCGGACAGUGUAGGCUCAAAUUUGGACCGCUAUUAGAUCAGGUCAUAACAGGCAAUCCUAAGUCUGCUGAAGAAGAAUCUGAAAGUCAAUGGCAGAUGGAAAGACAUUCUCAUGUUGCAUUUGGGAUUGAACACAAUGUUGGACAACUAAGGAAAGGAGAUCUGUGUACUUGA